AUGCGCAAAGGCAAAUCGGGAGAGCCAAAAACGUACUUUCCAGUCUUGCCUAUGAUCCUCGUCAAUGGCUAUGAGGCUAGUGGUCAAGAUUGGCAGACAUGCAUUCCUCCUUAUGACCCGAGAGACAUCAUUGAGAACCUUCGAAGGAGGAUGAAAGGAAGCUCCAAAAGUGAUAUGCAGCCCAUGCAGCCGUGGUUCCGUAAUUGGACUGGCCAUGUUGAAAAAAUCGACCGGAUUCGAUACUCUAUGAGGGGCAAGAUGCAUAAGACUUCCGAGAAUGUCAUGGAGGUCACCGAACUACCUCCUCGUCUAUGGUCUCAUGAUUUCCNNAAGUCCAAGCUAGACAAAUAUAUCUCCGAGCCUCGGUCACAGAUCAAGAGCUAUACCGAGCACACAGCAAGCCAGGGUGUACGUUUUGUGCUCAUCAUGACUGAUGACGAUAUGGACACUGCAACUCGCCGGGACCUGGAAGCGAGAUUGAGCCUUGACAGAAUCGUCACGACUGAUGACAUCGUCGCCUUGGAUGACAGCGGAAAAGUCCAGCAGUAUGCCACAGAUCUCGAUAUCCUAGAAGAGUUUUACCUUUCAAGAUUACAGGCAUACAAGCUAAGAAAAUGUCUAAAGCUCUCGACUUUGAAGCAUGAUUUGAAGAAGUGGACCGAUCAGUCACGAUUCGCCAAACUGCUUUUGAACGGAGAUCUCGACAUUUCCCAGAACAUGGACACACUUGUCAGAGAAUUGAUGCAUCAUGGUCUGAUACCCGUGGAGAACUUCGAUGAUUUAAUUCCGUCCAAAAGAGGGAAACGCGAUAUGGACAGCAAACCUGCAGUCCCUGGCUACGAGCACCUUUUCGAGAUGACCAUAGCUUCAAUGCUGCCAGGUCCCAUGAAAGAGCUCGAAAGUUUGAUUGCUAGCAAGAAAGCUCAAAUUGCGGAGCUUGAGCAGAUAUCGGUUGAAGAAAUGUGGGAAGCUGACCUUCUGGCUUUCGAAGCAGCCUGGGAACGACAAUUGGAGUGCGAUUCUCAUCAUCCCCCACAGAUUUGCAAGAAAUGCAAAGGGCAUGGGUGUGGGUGA